UUAAUGAAAGUCUUUUCUUUGCCAUAAGUCUAGAGGCGUGUAAUGGACUUUUGGUUACUAAAACAAAAAGACUUGUGAUAAUAUAUAAGAAAAUUUGUUCACCCAAGUUAUCGGAAAGCCUGUGGAAUUGGGCUUUAAAUAUGAGCUUGGAUUCUGGUGACAAUAGAAUUGUUGAAACAGAAAAGAGAUUAGGCGUGAGCAUGUGGAUAGAGAGAGCAUUGAUAGUGUUGGUGCUUCUACUCCACCAAAUUGACGGAGGAGAUGGUUGCCUCGCCUCUUCCUGCGGCAAAAUCAGAAACAUAUCUUAUCCAUUCCGAUUGAAAGGAGAUCCAGAAGGGUGCGGUCUCCGCGAGUACGAGCUAUCUUGUGAAAACAAUACAACGCUGUUAUCUUUGCUCUCGGGAACGUUUCAUGUGAAGGCCAUCAACUACAAUAAUUUCACAAUUCGAGUUGUGGAUCCUGGACUUCAACAACCGAACUGCUCCUCUCUUCCUCGCUAUUUCUUGUCUCCAUCCAAUUUCACUGAUUCUUACGCCAACGUCUUGAAUCCCUACCAAACAAGUUAUGAGAAGUUUGUUAACGAGCAUAUAGUGUUUUUGAAUUGUAGCCAUGGAGUGAGUGGUAACCGAAAGUACGUGGAUACUGGUGGAUGCCUGAAUUGGGACUCCAAAGGUUACACAUAUGCUAUGGCUGGUGACCUUGAAGCAGAGGACUUAGAAGUUGGUUGUGAUGUAAAGCUGGUUGCUCCCACAUCUUGGUGGGGGUUGAACCCAAAUAAUUAUUCCUACGCCAUGAUGCACACAGCGCUUGUCUAUGGAUUUUACCUUUCUUGGAUUCGUCUCGUCUGCGAGCAUACUUGUGGAUUUGAUAAUCAUACCUACUGCCAUUUCAAUGAUUCCACCCACAGCGUUCAAUGCUUAAAUGAUGCGAUACCUUCGGAGCCUUCGGCCUUCAGACCUCCGCGGCUACUGCAUUCUUUAGAAGUGGCUAUUUCUAGUAUCUUAAAAGGAUUUUUUAUAGCAAUAUUUAGACCAAAGCAAUAUGUUGGAAUUUAUUACACUGCAAAUCAUCCACAUGACAUGGAGUAUGAACCACGAUUAGUUAAGUUAGGACACUACGUUGGAUACUUCAUAAUUAGAUAUGUUCUUGGCAUGAUAUUGUUUAUUAUUCUUUUGGUAUACAAAUGGAGAAGAAGACAUUCAUCAGUAUAUGAAAAUAUUGAAAAUUAUUUACAGCAAAAUAGCUUGAUGCCUAUUCGAUACUCAUACAAGGAUAUUAAGAAGAUGACUAAAGGUUUUAAUGAAAAAUUGGGUGAAGGAGGUUAUGGCUCUGUAUUCAAGGGAAAUUUGCGUAGUGGACCUUGUGUUGCCAUAAAAGUAUUACGAAAAUCAAAAGGUAAUGGACAAGACUUUAUCAAUGAAGUUGCUACAAUUGGAAGAAUACAUCAUCAAAAUGUAGUGCAUUUAAUUGGAUAUUGUGCCGAAGGCUCAAAACGUGCCCUUGUUUACGAGUUCAUGCCCAAUGGAUCUCUUGAUAAAUUUAUAUUUUCUAAAGAAGGAAAUAUGCAUUUAACCUAUGACACAAUACAUGAUAUUGCAAUUGGAGUAGCACAUGGAAUUUCGUAUCUACAUCAUGGGUGUGACAUGCAAAUUUUGCAUUUUGACAUCAAACCCCACAACAUCUUGCUUGAUGAAAAAUUCACUCCAAAGAUUUCUGACUUUGGAUUGGCCAAACUAUAUUCAACAGACAAAAGUGUUGUGACUAUGACAGCAGCAAGAGGAACAAUUGGGUAUAUGGCUCCAGAGUUGUUUUAUAAUAAUGUUGGAAGAAUAUCAAAUAAAUCUGAUGUUUACAGUUUUGGAAUGUUUUUGAUGGAAAUAGCAAGCAAGAGGAAAAACCUAAACCCCCAUGCAGAACAUUCAAGUCAACUUUACUUUCCCUUUUGGAUUUAUGAUCAACUUAAUAAAGGGAAAGAUUUAGAAAUGGAAGAUGUCAGAGAUUUUGAGAACAAAAUUAUAAAAAAGAUGAGCAUUAUUUCACUUUGGUGUAUACAGUUGAAACCAAAUGAUCGUCCUUCCAUGAAUAAAGUAGUGGAAAUGCUUGAAGGAGACAUUGAAAACCUAAAAUUACCUCCAAAACCUUCUUUGUAUCCGCAUGAAACAUUGGAAGAUAGUCAAAGAAUGUGCUUUCGCCAAACAACAUUGUCCGACUUUGUUGGUUCUUCAACUUAUUCCGUAGCCUCUAAUGUUCCCCUAGAUGAAAGUAUUUGAUAGUGUAAAUUAUUAAUUUUCAUCCAACUAAUUUGACUUGAACAUUUUUCAUCUGUAAUGUUUACAGUGUGUGAG